AUGACAGAACAUGAUAUAUUGCCAACGCCUGCGGCCCUGCGUCAACAGGAAAAAAUCCGAGUAAAAGAUAACAACAAAACCACAACCAGAUGUGGACAGGAAAAACAAAUUAAAGGAAUGCAAGGUCAUGCAUUCUCAAGGCAACUCGCUCUGGAAAAAUCUCAAAUAUAUAUUCGUGCGACCUUGAUAUGUGUUAUGUAAUAAGAACGAAUGACCUGAGGCAUGAUCUGUCAUUGUUAACACAGUAGAAGCUUCGAUUGUAGUUUCCUCACAAAACUUGUCCUAUCUGAUAAAACAACAAGUCAUUUCAGGAUAACCCAUAUUCAUGUACUACCUCUGAAUGCAUGAUCUAACCACGCUUAACUCAGCAGUGAGUUGUGUACAACAUCACAUCACUUUAAGGUAGCUCACAUUCAAGAAUAUGUACUACCUCUGCAUGAUCUAACCAUGCUUAACUCAGCAGUGAGUUCUGUACAACAUCACAUCACUUUUUUGUUUGUUUUAUUGUUCUUCUAGAUUAUUACAAAAUUAAAUAAGUUUUGUCUGACGUUUCGGUUUCCUAUACGAAAACCAUUUUCGAAGACUUGAACGUCCAAGUCUUCGAAAAUGGUUUUCGUAUAGGAAACAGAAACGUCAGACAAAACUUAUUUAAUUUUGUAAUAAUCUAGAAGAACAAUAAAACAAAAAAAAAAAUUGAAUGAACCUGGAUUCAAACCUUUUAACGAAUCAGAUCACUUUAUAGCUCACAUUCAGGAACAUGUACUACCUCUGCAUGAUCUAACCAUGCUUAAUUCAGCAGUGAGUUCUGUACAACAUCACUGAUCACUUAGCUAAAGGUAGCCCACAUUCAGGAACAUGUACUACCUCUGCAUAAUCUAACCAUGCUUAACUCAGCAGUGAGUUCUGUACAGCAUCAGAAAGGUCUCGUAUAACGUAAUCAUGAUAUGUUUUAGGAAUAGAAGUAACAAAAGAUGACCUCGAACAACUGGAAAAAAGUAUUACCGAAAAGGUAAUACUAGAUAGCCCUAUAUCAGUUUUAAAAUAUUCUCCCAAGAGGUUCGGCAAAGAACAUUCCCUUAUCGAACAGACCUAGAGUUUCUUUCUCCCAUGUGACUGAAGCGACGCUUUACCUAUCAAACAACUCCCUGAAGCAGGAACCCCACUCCCCCAGUCACAACAGUGACAUGUAAAUGACACAAAAAUAUUCUAUUUCUCUUUUCGACAAAGGUUGUGACAGAAAUGAAAGUAAUGUUGCGCACAUGCGGACUGUGUCAACAACGAUUCGUACCUCCACCACCACGAAACUUUCAGCCAAGAUUUAUGCCAAGAAAAAUUCCACAAUCUUCCAAAAUACAAACAAAACUACUGAAUCUACAAGCGCCAAGUACUUCGUGUGUGUCAGGGGAGAAUGGAUGCGAAACUUCAACGACAAUGGCGACCACAACCAAAGCAUCGACGACAAUGGCUGCCACAACCGAAGCACCGACAACGAUGGCGACCACAACCAAAGCACCGACAACGAUGGCCACCACAACCAAAGCACCGACAACGAUGGCUGCCACAACCAAAGCAUCGACGACAAUGGCCACCACAACCAAAGCACCGACAACGAUGGCUGCCACAACUAAAGCACCGACGACGAUGGCGACCACAACUAAAGCAUCGACGACGAUGGCCACCACAACUAAAGCACCGACAACGAUGGCUGCCACAACUAAAGCAUCGACGACAAUGGCUGCCACAACUAAAGCACCGACGACAAUGGCCACCACAAUCAAAGCACCGACAACGAUGGCUGCCACAACUAAAGCACCGACGACGAUGGCGACCACAACUAAAACAUCGACGACGAUGGCUGCCAUAACUAAAGCGCCGACCAGCAUAGCUACAACCACAACUAAGCCGAGUUCAUUAUUACGAGAGAUUGUGUUGAAGCGAACAGAAUGCUCACCUGGCCAGCCAGACUGCAAAAAUUAUAUAGAUUGUUCUAUUGAUAAGAGAAGUGGGGAAACUCAUUGCAAGGUAUGUCUAAAGGCCCGUUAACACUUGCAAUUUUUGCUGUGAUUUUAGGUGCGAUUUUCUUCUUCUGAUAGAUGUGAACGAGUGGAUGAGUUAUGAAUCUUCAGAUGAGGGAACAUGUAUUCAGAUCAUUCAUAACUCAUCUACUCCUUCACAUCCGUCAGAAGGAGAAAAUCGCAGCCAAAGUUGCAAGUGUAAACAGGCCUUAAAGGCACAGUUCAGCCUGUUGAACGAUGGUUUUUAAGGCGCAUUUCAGCCCUUAUAAUUGAAAAAACUAACUAGGAAAAUCAAUUAAGCAUAAUUCAAGAUCACCAAACUUAAUGUUUUUAACAUUUUAAAACAUUUAUAUUGUUAAAAACAUCGAGUUUACUGAUUUUGAAUUAUGCUUAAUUGAUUUUCCUAGUUAGUUUUUUCAAUUAAAAGGGCUCAAAUGCGCCUUAAAAACCAUCGUUCAAAAGGCUGAACUGAACUCACUCAUGAAAUAUAGGCACUAGCAUACAGCAGAUGAAUACUCGUCAAAUAUCCAGUUAUCAGAGUGAGAAAAUAAUGUUACUGGUCCACAAAUAAAUAAAUGAGAAAGAUUUAUCCACACCAAUUAACAUAUCGGAAGUUCAUCACCAUGCCCAGUAUCGGGUUUAGGCUGGUUUAUAUGCACUAUCAAAGUUUCUGUGAUCACAGUAGGAAUUUUGCAUCGGUAAAUCCUAAGUUUUGAAGUAAUAUAUGAACAACGAGAGCGGGUGUUUCACCGGGAUAUCAUACAUUGUUUUCUCGUGUUUGGAUAUCCCGGUGAGACACGAGCUCGAGUUGUUUAUAUGGCUUCUCAAAUGAAUCGAGACGUAACAGAAUGUUUUCGUUUGCUGAUUUGAAUAGAAUUCUUAACCAAGCAUAACGUAAUUAGGAAUUCUAUUCAAGUAAUUUUGCAUGCGUAAUUAAGAUAUUUGAUGAAAACACUAGUGACUUUCAUCAAGUAUCCAAAUGGCAUUUUGUGAUCAAAUAGGUGAUUAUCAUUGGCUGAAUUGCUCAUGAAUUAUUAAUGAAUUUGAGAAGGAUUUGUAAGAAAUUUUGAAGGGCACUGACAAAGUGUUAAACACGGAGUUUACACUGAAAAAAUAACGCGCUUACUAGUGAGCCAAAUAACAUUUUCUACAAAAUGUCGUAGUGCAAAGUGGGUUAUGCUGGUGAUGGUCAUGUUUGUGGAAAAGAUUCUGACAUUGAUGGAUUUCCAGACGAAGAACUCAGUUGUGAAAAGACGACUUGUGGAAAGGUACUCAUCUUCCAAACAUCUUCACUUGUGUUUACUCGAGUCAUAUUCUAGUUUAUUUUGUCGUGUCCUCCCCUACUUUCCAUGAAAAGUCACAUGUAUUGAAAUAUGCGAUUCAAUUUCCAGGAUAAUUGUCCUGCAAAGCCAAACAGUAGCCAGAAAAACGCUGAUGGAGAUGAACUUGGAGAUGCUUGCGACCCAGAUAAAGACAAUGAUGGAAUUAUAAAUAAAAGGGUAGGUUGUCCCAUGAUUCGUUUUUAUCCUCGUAGGUUUCCUGAGCUUACUCUUCCGAAAGAUUUUUCUCAUUUCUUGAAAACAACUAUAGAACCCUGAUUUCUUAGAGAAUGUAGUAGCGCUGAGUAUAAAUACAAGACACACCCCUACUGGACCUCUAAAUACCAGCUUACGAUCACAUAGCUAAUAGAGUUGUAUAGUAAUAUAAGGGAAGACUACUAUUAGAUCAGUAGGGAAGACGAUAAGAAUGACCUUCACUGGAACUCUAGAGAGAAGGCUCAGAACAUGCUUCUAGACAGAACUGGAAGAGCGACUCGUUUAGGGAGUAGAAAUUAUGGAAGUAUAUCAUCUACUGCAGAUUUCUCCCUGUAGUUUAGGGAGUAGAAAUUAUGGAAGUAUCAUCUAGUGCAGAUUUCUCCCUGUAGUUAGGGAGUAGAAAUUAUGGAAGUAUCAUCUAGUGCAGAUUUCUCCCUGUAGUUUAGGGAGUAGAAAUUAUGGAAGUAUCAUCUAGUGCAGAUUUCUCCCUGUAGUGAAAAUCUAUAACAGGGGAUGGCAAUUAAACCUCAAACUUAACUUUAUUCUACUUUUUUCUAGGAUAUCUGUGAAGAGCUCUACAAUCCCACACAAGAAGAUGUUGAUAAGGACGGAAUUGGCGAUCUCUGUGAUAACUGUCCCAGAGAAAUGAAUAGAAAUCAGAAGGACACAGAUGAGAAUGGCGUUGGAGACGCUUGUAGUGAUGAUUAUGAUGGCGAUGGUUAGCUAUAUUGAUAUUUCAAAACCUCAUUCGUAUCUUUAUAUGGAUGGAGAUUUCCCUUGAUUUACAUAAACUUUCACUUUGAUUUUCUCGACUUACACAACGUAUUUUUUGAAAAUUAUUUCGCCGAUGAACUACUAGAUCGAUCGUUUUUGAAGCAGUAUAAAACAUUCGCAGUGUGUGUUUUAUCAGACCUAAUAUAAAACACUGCUGCUCAUGUUUUAAAUAGUACAUAAAGAACUGGCUUACCUCUGAGACAUAAACUGUAAAAGUACAUUGUAUAUCAAAAUUUUCAGGUUUUGUUUCAAGUGAUAACUGUCCAUACGUCAAAAAUGUCGACCAAAUGGAUUCCGACGGCGAUGGCAUUGGUGAUCUUUGCGAUAACUGUCCACUUGUAUCCAAUCCUAAACAGGUAAUUAUCAAUCAAGAAUCUCUCUAUUGCUAAGGUAAUCCAUGAAUCAUAUCAAACGAUAACAUCAAUUAAUAAUCAUAUCAAUGAAUCUUAUAAUCAAUGAAAAAGUCAACCAAUCGAAGUUACUCAUCAAUUUAUAUAUUGUGAAACUCAUUAAUAAUUCAUGAAGAAAACACAAAAGAAAUCAUGAGCGUGAAGGAGUUUGUAUAUCUGAUACAGAAUCAUACUGAUUUAUGUCCACAUUCACGUCCAUUCAUGUUGUAAAUAAUACAUCAAUGAACCAAUUCAGUAAUAAGUUCAUCAAUUAGCCAACCUACUUAGACUGGAUAGCUUUAUCCAUUCUCUAACACUAAACUCCAUUGCGAAGGUUGAUAAAGACAACGACCUACAAGGCGAUGAGUGCGACACGGACCAUGACGGGUAAAGAACUAAUAAAGAUAAUCAUCAUUUGCCAUUCAUCGAAACUCAACCUUGUUCCUUCACAGUUGAAUACAACUGUAUUAUUAUUGAUUUUCUCCUAGUGACAGAGAUGGUGUGGACGAUAGUAAAGACAACUGUUUAUUUAACAUCAAUCCAGACCAGUUAGACACAGAUAAAGACGGACAAGGCAAGUCUGAACUAAGCUGGAUAGUUCUGUUAAAUCUAAACUAGAGAUCGAGUGAUGCCUUAGACUAUAGUUCAAUGACUUAGACUGGUUUUAAUGCAAGAAAACAGGAUUACACGAAAAACACCUGCAGUUUUGAUCAGAGACGUACCAAGCGAUAUUUAGUUGGAGGGGUUAUGGCCCUGUUUUUGUGGCGAGUCUCGACAGUGAAGCACUCUAGUCUUUGGCAUGCCAGUGGAGUGAUAAUCAGAUAUCUGUAUACUGCAGAAAUCCUGCUUACAGAGGUGAAAGACAUUGUCACAGAAUAAAGACACACAGAAGGUCUACCCAGCCAUUCCCCCCUGGACGUCCGCCAUGUUGAAUAUUAUCAGGGGGGUUCAUGCCUCUCAUAAGCGCACUGGCUAGGAAUGGCGUCAGUAUUUUGAUUUACGCCAAAAUCAUAGGAAAAACCAAGAAGUUGGGCUUCUGUAUAGUCUCUAUUCUGUGACACUGUAUCACCACCACAUGAUGAAACUAAGAUUUCUGUGAUUCCGACAGGAGAUGAAUGCGAUUCUGACGAUGAUAAUGAUGGGAUACCAGAUGAACUGGAUAACUGCAGGUUGAUAGUGAAUACAGAUCAGAAAGAUGGCAUAGGUAUAGGAUUACUACACACGCAAAACGCACAAGUUGUAAAAAAUCUGCAGCAGACUUGUAGCAUUGACUUCAUAGACUUGUUCCAACAAGUUGGCGACUGGAUGUGUUCGCACUGCUUGUUCCAAGCUUGUUGAUAACUCGCUACAAGGUUCUUGAGCUCAACAGACUUGUUCCAAGUUAUUCCAACAACUUGUUAUCGUCCAUCUCUGGGUAUAAAUAAAACAAGAUCCCACCUUUUUAUUUUUCUAAGGUUUUGGCGUGGGAGAUGCAUGCCGAGACGAUUUUGAUGGCGACUCGGUAGUAAACUCUAAAGACAGUUGUCCUGAAAAUAGCGAGUUUUCUGAAGUGGAUUUUAGAAGAUUUCAAGCCAUCAAUCUGGACCCGAAGGAAGAGAAUCAGAAAGACCCAGUGUGGAAAAUACGAAAUGAGGUGGGAAGUGUAGAUGUAUGUUCAAGCAGACUUCUCAGGCUGAUCGAACUUCUACUACUCUAGAUCCACAGAGGAAGACUCUCAUGCCAUCCAGUAUUGUGGUAACACUGGAUCAGUACCCUUACUGACCUCUAGAUCAGAGCUUCUUACUCUAGAUCAGAGCUUCUUACCCUUACUGACCUCUGGAUCAAAGCUUCUUACUGGACCUCUAGAGAGAACAGUUCAAAACUGAUAGAACUACGAAUCUUAAUAAGUUUACUUUUUCCGAACCUUAGGGCAAGGAAAUCGAACAGUUGGAAAAUAGUGAUCCUGGUUUGGCAGUAGGUAAGCUUUGACUUAUUUUAAUCCAUUGCGUAGAAUUAUAGACCAUGCAUGAAAUAGAGUAGGGAGUCCACAUUUCCGAUAUCUCUCUUCACUUCUCUUCCAGGCUAUCAAUCAUUUUCAAACCUCGAUUACACUGGAACAUUUUACGUGGACACAGAGCGAGACAAUGAUUUUAUUGGGAUUGUGUUCGGUUACCAGAGCAGUAGUAAAUUUUACACGGCAAUGUGGAAGAAAUCAGGUCAAAUCUAUUGGGAUCGCAAGCCUUUCUUUGCUACAAGUGCGACUGGACUGACGAUCAAGGUUUGAUUAUUGAGUUUCUAUUUGAUUAUUAAGUUUAUUGAGUUUGUCGCUUAUUGGUGAGCGGAUUUCCCAACAAGCUAUCCCCAGUUGAUAGGGAAUCCGAGGUACCUACGAUUUAACGUCCUUACCCGAGAAGACGCGAAAGUCUAACCAUUUACUGGUGUCAAUUAAAGGUAGCUCUUUCGUCUCAGUUAUUUCACUAUUCCAUAGUUCAUUUUUUCACUUACUUCAUCCUAGGCUGUUCAGUCCAAAACAGGUCCAGGACCAGAGUUGCGUAAUGCACUAUGGAGCAGUGAAACCAUUAACAAAGAUCAGGUAACUAUAGAAAUAUGAAACUUUAGAUUAGCAAUCGAAAGGUUCAUCAAUUUAUAAGUCUGGUUUACACUAUCAAAGUUUCUGUGAUCACAGUAAGAAUUUUGCAUGGGUAAAUUCUAAGUUUUGAACGAUUUGUAAGAAAUGUUUGAGGAAACUGACAACGUGUUUGACACCAAGUCAGUUUCCUCAAACAUUUCUUAAAAAUCUUUCCGAAAACUUAGAAUUUACCUUUGCAAAAUUCCUACUAUGAUCAUAGAAACUUUCAGUGUAAAAAAACCUUUACAUGUCAUUUCUCAUGAAAGGUUAAAGUGUUGUGGCAGGAUAUGAACAAGAUAGGAUGGAAAGGAAAGACAGCGUAUCGUUGGCAAUUGAAACAUCGUCCUCAAACUGGACUUAUCAGGUUUGGAAACUAUUCCGGUAAACUGGACUAUUAAUUCUAUUUGUACUAGAUAGUUCCAUAGGUUCUAAUUGUUCUAGACUGAUAUCCAUGCUUUGUUGGUUCAGUGUUUCUAGGAGCAAACCUAUUCCAUAGGUUCUCCAUAGAAUGAACUAUUAAUUAUAUUUGUACUGGAUAAUUCCGUGGGUUCUAACUAUUCUCUUCAGAGGAAGAAAAACAUCAACUCUGCGGUGAUUGGUGAAAUCAAAUUGAAAGCAUUUUCACUGUGGUGAAAUUAUAGCGGGGUUAGUGGCAGGGACAUACCCUCUCCCCUCACCCUCCGGCGCCCACUUCUCAACAAGUUCGAUUCUUGACAGGUUAAGAAUAUCAAACGGUACUGAGAAUAUAAUAGACAGUGGCAGAAUAAUUGACCAGGCUUACAAAGGAGGCAGAGUUGGAGUAAUGGUUUUCUCACAAGAGAAAGUUAUCUGGUCCAAUGUCGUUUGGGAGUGUAACAAUG